UAUCCUCCGGACCUGUUCCCUGGCGGCAAGGACGUCGAAACGGUGUACGGAACCGUCAGGGUGUUUGAGUGGGGGCCCGAAGAGGGCGAAAAGGUGCUUCUGGUGCAUGGUAUUGGAACGCCGUGCAUUGCGAUGGGCGGCAUGGCCUGGGAGCUUGCGCGGAAGGGGUACAGGGUGAUGCUCUUUGAUCUGUUUGGGAGAGGCUACUCCGAUGGCCCUUCAAAUGCUGCUUAUGAUGAGUGUCUCUAUACCACUCAGAUCCUCCUCGUCUUGGCAUCCUCAUCUCUGUCCUGGACUGGUGCUUCUUCUUUCCACCUCCUGGGCUACUCGCUGGGAGGUGCUCUGGCCGCAGCCUUUGCGGCAUACCACUCGCAUAUGCUGCGCUCCCUCACCGUCGUCUGCCCAGGAGGCCUCGUGCGUGAGUCCCACAUCGGCUGGAGGAGCCGCCUCUUGUACUCCCACGGUUUGCUGCCCGAGUGGCUUCUUAGGAGCUGGGCGCGAGGGAGGCUCGCCCCGCAGCACGGGCAGAGCGCAGACGUGCCCGAUGGUGACGAAGCAGAUGCCAACUUUGACGAUGUGACCAUGGCCGUCGGGAGGAGCACCGUCAGGGUCGGCGAUGUCGUAGGCUGGCAGCUGGAUGCCAACCCGGCCUUUGUCGACUCCUACAUGAGCACCAUUCGCUACGCGCCCAUCUACGGGCAGCACGACAAGAUGUGGGCUGUGCUGGGCGAGAAGCUUGCCGCUAAUCGGGAGCUUGGCUUGGGUCUGCAGAGAGUAUGCGUUAUCCUGGGUGAUAAAGACACUUUGAUUAUCAAGGAUGAAUGGAUUGAAGAUACCAAAGCAGUUUUGGGAGAAGAAGGCGUAGACAUUUGCGUAAUUUCCGGUGGCCACGAAAUUGCCAUUUCAAAGGGCAAAGAAGUAGCUGAGGCUGCCAUUUCGUCGUGG